AUGUUUGACAACACUCAAUAUCCCUACAACUGCUUUAACUACGACGGGGAAGAUUACCCAACCUGCAGCUCAGAUGAAGAGAAGAAAUUCACCAGACCUGCAUACAGCUAUAUUGCUUUGAUCGCAAUGGCCAUUCAGCAGAGCCCGUCCAACAAAGUGACCCUUUCUGGCAUUUACGACUUCAUCAUGAAGAAGUUCCCCUACUACAGAACCAACCAGCGGGCCUGGCAGAACUCGAUCCGGCACAACCUUUCUCUCAACAGCUGCUUCGUUAAG